GGUCAGCCGGCCGUCUCCACAAAGCCACCAAACUCAUUCUCAUCCACGAGGCUCGGAGUCGGCUGUGAGAAAGAGGGAAGUGGGGAAGGAGAGCGGCGGGGUGGCACUCCUCAUUAGUCGCUUCGGAGCAGCUCGGGUGAACAGGGGAGCCGGGAGAUGCUGCUGAUCUCUAACGGGACCGACCAGCCACCACUCGCUCAUCACCUGUGACUGAUUGCGCCUGUUUCCGACACACUUCCAGCGACAUGAGCUCCUCAUCGGCAAACCUGCACGGCAAACGCCUGCCCUCGGAGGCCGAGCGUGGCCAGAGGCUGCCAGAUGUGGAGACGGCGCAGCAGCUCAAGCUGAGGGAGCGGCAGCGUUUCUUCGAGGAGGUCUUCCAGCAUGAUGUGGACGUCUACCUGUCCUCCGCGCACCUCUCCAUCAGGGACUACAAGAGGCCUCCUAUUGGCAGCAUCUCCUCCAUGGAGGUGAAUGUAGACCUGCUGGACCAGAUGGAGCUGAUCGACAUCUCUGACCAAGACGGUUUGGAUGUCUUCUUCAGCUCUGUGGGAGACGAGGGAGUGCUGACCUCCCCACUGCCAGUCCAAGGAAACAACAACAACCACGAGGAAGCCGUCAGUAAUGGACUCUUUCGACAUGUCAUUGAGAGUCUUGACGCGAAGUCCCGCAUGUCCUCCACAUCUUCAAAUUCAUCUUCUGACAGCCAAACCGCCAACGGGGGAGACACACCCUUGGUGGGGUCGGACGAUGAGGAGACAGACAGUGGCACAGUCAAGAGAAGAGCAGCGUCUUCAGAGAUUGAGAAUGUCAAAUGUCAGAAUCCGUCUUCUUUAUCAUGAGAGGCCACCUUUUCGCUUGCAGCACUGCAGGGAACACCUCAGCUGGGGGCAAAAGUGAUAAACUUGGAAUGAGAAACAUGGCUGCAGUUGUCUUCCACAAACUCUUAUGACUGCUUUCAAUCCUUCCUUCUGACUUAUGAACAGUAACUUGAGUCCUGUGUGUGUUUUGGAGGAAGGGCACGUGGACAUGGAUAUGGUGAUUUCCUUUUAACGCUCCACUAAUAUUUUGGCAUGUUUCAAAGCUUUGACCUCAUGUUUCUGUCCUCACGUGACUUGUAUUUCAUGGGCUUUUGUACAGUACUAACCCAACAGAAGAGAGUGAAGCACUAAUUUGAUUGAAGCAUUCAUUAAUUUGUUAAAAUAUGGUUUCUGAUUACAAAAUGUGUUUUUGAUGGCAACACAGUGUCCCUCUCUUCAGUUUUCCCAAACCUACUUUUGACUUAUUUUCACCUUGAUUUAAAAAUAAAGAAAUGA